AUGUUUGCUCUCCUGACCCGAGAGCGGCCGAUCAUGCAAGCUGAAGGUCUUGGGACAUUCAGUGCGGUGAUCAUGCAUCCCGACGACUCGGAUGCCGUCCAGACGGAGGAGAAGAUCUGGGACCUCACGAUGCGUGUGAACUGCAAAGGGGUCUGGUGGGGUUGCAAGUAUGGCAUCCAGGCAAUGCUCGCUAACCCCGUGGAUGAGAGCAAGGGCCUGAAGCCGGGCAGAAGCAUCAUCAACACGGCCAGCUUUGUGGCCAAGCUCGGCGCCGCCACUCCCCAACUCGCUUAUACCGCAAGCAAGAGCGCCGUGUUGGCGAUGACUUGA